GCUCUUCAUUUCCAUAGAGAGAGAGAGAGAAAGAGCUUCGUCUUCAUCUCCAAUCUCCAUCAUUAUCUCCAUUGACAUUGUUCUCAUUUAAUAAUAAUUCACACAAGCAGCAUUCAUUCAUCUCUCAAAUCCUCCUGACAAAAAUGGAGAAAUCAGAUCCUCCUCCACCAAAGCCCGCCACUAUCAUCCCCUCCGAUCCGAUCCCAUCUUCUUCCUUCCACCGCCGAUCUCGCUCCGAUGAUAUGUCAAUGUUCAUGUUCAUGGAUCCCCUCUCCUCCGGCGCACCACCUUCCUCCGAUGACCUUCCCUCCGACGACGAUCUCUUCUCUUCUUUCAUCGACGUCGAUAGCCUCACCUCUGAUCCCAAUCCCUUUCCUAAUCCUUCCCUCUCCUCCAACUCCGCUUCCGGCGCCAAUCCUCCUCCGCCGUCCUCUCGUCCUCGCCACCGCCACAGCAAUUCCGUUGACGCUGGGUGCGCCAUGUAUGCAGGUGAAAUCAUGGACGCUAAGAAAGCUAUGCCUCCUGAAAAACUCUCUGAGCUUUGGAACAUCGAUCCCAAACGCGCCAAAAGGAUUUUAGCGAAUCGACAAUCUGCAGCUCGAUCCAAGGAGAGAAAAGCUCGAUACAUUCAAGAACUUGAGCGUAAAGUUCAAUCUCUUCAAACCGAAGCUACCACUCUCUCUGCUCAGCUCACUCUUUACCAGAGAGAUACAAAUGGACUUGCAAAUGAAAACACAGAGCUGAAACUCAGGUUACAAGCCAUGGAACAACAAGCUCAGCUUCGUAAUGCUCUAAACGAAGCGUUGAGGAAAGAAGUUGAAAGGAUGAAGAUGGAGACAGGAGAGAUCUCUGGUAAUUCAGAUUCAUUUGAUAUGGGAAUGCAGCAGAUUCAGUAUUCUUCUUCAACGUUCAUGGCAAUUCCACCAUAUCAUGGCUCAAUGAACGUCCAUGAUAUGCAGAUGCAUUCUAGUUUCAAUCCUAUGGAGAUGUCGAAUUCUCAAAGCGUAUCGGAGUUUCUACAGAACGGGCGAUUGCAAGGGCUAGAGAUAGGUAGCAAUAGCUCAAGCUUAGUCAAAUCUGAAGGACCUUCUCUCUCUGCUAGUGAGAGCAGCUCUGCCUAUUGACAACAAGAUUACGGCGAGGCUGAAUUUCUGUUAAUAGGCUUUUGUUUUUCAAUUCAUUUGAUUAUUUAUUCUUUUUUUUGAGGUGUCAUUGUGGAAGAAAGAACGUAUAAAAUUGUGUUGGUAAUGUGUUGUGAGUUUCAUUGUUUGCUACUCCCAUUGUUUGUUCUACAAGGAACAAAGGAGACUAAUAAAUUUCAUUUUCUUUG